UUGAUUUUUAGUGUCCACAAAAAAGAAAAAUGGUUAAGGGUGCAAUCAGCCACCAUAUGGUGUCCCCACUCCCACCCGCAAGGCUCUGGAAAGCGAUUGCGAAGGACCCACACAACCUCAUGCCCAAGAUCAUGCCCCAAAUAAUAUCGAGCAUCGUUGUUCUUGAAGGUGAUGGUGGGGUCGGAACGGUCAAACAGGCUAACUUCACUGACGCCAUCAAGGACUUUAGUUAUUGGAAGGAACGUGUGGAUGAGAUUGACGAAGAGAAGACGGUGUGUAAGUACUCUGUGAUUGAAGGCGGGCUAAUCGGUAAGAAAGUGAAGUCGAGCACGUUUAAGCUCCAGUUCGAAGAUGGCGCCAAUGGAGGGAGUGUAUGCAAGCUUGAUGGGGAGUUUGAGGCCAUUGAAGAUGGCCCACCGAUGGAAGAUGAAAGGAUUAAGGAGACAAUCGUAAACAUGGAGGGGAUGUUCAAGGCCGUAGAAGCCUAUCUUGUUGCCAAUCCAGAUGCAUAUGUUUAGCCUUGAGUUCUUGCAAGGGAUGUCGUAGAUGUGCGUCUUUCAUGGUUUUAUUUUCUCCAAUAACUGCCAUAUCUUUGCAGUGUCUUUGCAUGGGAA